GCAAGCGUUGCCUCUGGUCGUAGAUUCAAACGUUCCCUGUCGCUUUCACGAAACUGGUCUGCGAACAAACGUUUCUUUGGAGUACUGUGUGUUGCGUCCCCCCAUGCGUCCCCGGCAGGAUGGCAGGACGGCGCCCCUUGCUCCUGUUCCUGUGGCUGUGCUGGGCCUCCUGUCCCCUCCACUGCCAAAAGACCACCGAGGAGGACAUCGAAGCUUGUUGGGCAGCUGUUCAAGAGGAACCUGAGCAUUUAAAGUUAUCUACUGAGGACUACGUGAAUAUGGCGUCGUUUGUGGCCGAUUUCUUGCCGCUGAUCCAGAUUAAUGAGAUCUACUUGUGUCUGGAUGCUGUGGGUUCAACCACGCCGUCUCCGAAUCGCUUAGCCGAAUGGACCCUCGUCUCAAUCCUCUCCCAGCGGUUCGUGUUCGUGCACGGCUGCGACUUAGACCGCAUGACCGAGAGCCUCCGAGCCUUAGACGAGAACGCUACUCCUGAAGAGACGAUCCCACGCUCCUUGCACCACCCGGCGGCGGUCCACCUCACCACGCGGAAGGGGCUGGAGGCGACGUUGAUGGCCAUAGGAAAGGCGUUACCCGAAGGACAGAGCGAGGCUUACCACAUCCUCCUCGGGGCUGACCUGCCGCAGUGUCCUGUGGAGGCUUCGCUCGCUGUGCAGUGGUUCCAGGCUUCUUACAAUAAGACUUCCACCACCAUCAAAGUGGACGAAAUCUUCCUCUUCGCAAGUGGAGGCGUCAAUAUCAGAGUCCCUGUGGUGAGGUGGAAGGCAGGUGGAGAGAGCAAAGCGUCGAUGGCUGUCAUUCAUCCACCUGGUUACGGUCCUUAUGAUUUUCAAGGACAUGUUAUCAAUGUUAUUGCUAUGGAGUACCAGCCUUUCCUGAUGAGAGCAAAUCCUUGUAAGGAAACAAGCGGAAGCGUCGGCCUCGUCUAUCAAGGAAAACCAUGUCCUUCUACGAUGCUUGAAGGGGUGAUGAUAGACCCGGAGCAGAAAAAGGCUUAUGCGAACUACACUGGAUAUUUGAUCGACAUCAUCCAAACACUUGCCAAAAGACUGAAGUUCAAGAUAAACCUACAAAUCCUACACCCAAAAGAGGCAGAAUUUGGCCUUGACGAUGGCAAUGGCACCUUCACGGGACUCGCUGGUUAUCUGCAAACGAGGAGAGCUGACAUCGCUUUGGCUGGAUUUUCUAUGACACGCGAACGUCUCCCGUUUAUGGACUUCUCUGAACCUAUAAUGUACGCCGGCCAGUCAUUGUACGUAAGCACCAACUCCUCUCUGCAUACCAUUGGCUGGAACACCUACGUCCUAUCCUUCCAAUGGGGAACCUGGCUCGCUAUCCUCCUCCUCCUCAUCAUUAUGACUUUCGGCUUGUGGUUCCUCGUGAGAAGACAGGGGGAUGAGGAUCCUCACUUCACCCAGACUCAUAAUGUGGCUUUUAUCCUCUUCUCUUGUCUUGUACAGCAAGGUUCCUGGAUCCUGCCCACCACAGGCCGCGCCCAAGCUGUCCUGUGGAUGUUCUGGUUCACGUCUGUGGUUCUCUACGCGUCCUACACCGCCCGCCUGACAUCCUUCCUCACCGUGUCUUCGCUGAGACUUCCCUUCACCACCUUGGAAGAAGCUGUGCAUUUGCCUGAGUGGAAAAUAGGACUUCAGAAGGGGACGUCGGUUAUUGAGACUCUGAAGAGAGCCACGCCCAAGAGCAGUUAUCACUCCGUCUGGAAAGGCAUCGAGCGGGACAAGAACCUCCUGACGACCAACGAAGAAGCGGCCAUCGUUCGGCUGCUGACGGAGAAGAAAUUCGCGUUUCUCGGCGAGCAGCUGACUAUGAGUUACCUGAUUAACGGAAAUUGCUCCAUUACUGAGAUUCCAGGGAGUUACCUUGCAGGCUACGUCUCGUUGGGACUGCGAAAGAAACUGCCGUGGGCGACGGUCAUCAACCAAGAGAUCGUGAAGAUGGCAACAGGUGGACUUCUCGACCGCAUGUACCAACGCUGGUGGGGGAAGUCGAUACCGUGUGAAGCCAGGUCACCUUAUACGGAAUUAGGAUUUUCAAACAUCCUCACGGCCUUCCUCCUGCUCAUCCUCGGCGGUCUCCUCUCCGUGCUGCUCCUUGUGUUCGAGAUUUUCCUCAGGAAAUACUACCGGAAGGACAAGGUGUUCUCGAGGGCGUCCUCCACCUUUCAAGGGCGAGUGUCGACCCUUGGAAGACCGAGGACGAUUUUCGACAGUAGUGCGAGGCAGGUCGAUGGACUGAGGCGGAUAGUGAGAGUGGAGGAACAGACGCGAGUUGGAUGAUUUUUUUUUUUCAAGUAUUGGGUGUCUAACGCAAAUAUGAAAGGUACCCGACUGCUGCCUUGCAGUUUAGUCCGUGUAUGGUCAACAGCCGUGGGAGUUCACCCUAUACAAAACAAUCCACUGCCUUGUGGCAUCUGUGAGAUGAAAAGGCUUCGGGAGUCUAAGGAAAAAUUCGGAGCUGGAGGCCUUAAGGCAAAUCAUUGUCGCUUGCAACCUCGUUCUGGCAACUCUUGAGACGCCGCUGGUGCCAAACUGUAUCGGUCUAUGCCGUUCCUUUGGAUUAAUCAGCUGCGUGGAGAAAGGGAGCCUGCUGCAUGGGCAACAGCUUCCUCCUCACACUUUUUUACCCAGGCAUUGACAGAGUCAAUAAUGUUAAAGUCUACAUCGACUGAUAGUGGCCAUGUCAUAUAUAUAUAUAUAUAUAUAUAUGUGUGUGUGUGUGUGUGUGUAUGUAUAUAUAUAUAUAUACACACACACAUACAUAUAAUCAUAUCCAUGUAUGUCUCUGUGUCCUAAAGGAGUAAUCUAUAUCUAUAACGAUUUGUUUAUGUAUAUAUACACACAUUUAUUAACCGUUUACCAGUUUUCCUACUAUGUAGGGUUGCCGGUGUAGCUCAUAUAGUGAAAGUAUAAAACUCACUAUAUGUAUAUAUAUGUAUAUAUACAUAUAUAUGUAUGCAUAUAUUUAUACGUAUGCACAUAUUCAUAAGUGCAUAAUUGUGGGUGUAUCAUCAAUCUCACUCAAAUACAUAUAUCUAUUUUCUCCAUCUACCAUGUAGAAAUUCUUACAGAAAUGCAAUUAGAGGAUUCACUAGCCUUAGAAAUCGAACAAAAUUACGUUACCAACACAUAACAUAUAUAGUUAUAAGAUGCUAUAGUAAGCACUAGUUAUAAGGCACGCAGAUAGAUAUAUAUAAAUCCAUAUAAGUAUUAUUGUUUAUAGUUUCACAACAGAGUAUUUGUAAAUUACACACACACACACACAGACAAAUACACACAUAUAUACAUAAAUAUAUAUGUACAUAUAUGUAUACAUAAAUAUUCACACAUAAAUAGUCAUCUGUACACUUACGCAUUUAUGUAUAUCAUUAUAUUUUGUAUAUAAAUGAACAGUGGAGAUGAGAAAAAAAAUGUACUCAAUUCAGUACUGAACUUGUUCAGCACAUUACAGCCUACAACGAAAUUACUAAUA